UUUCGGUGUAAGUCGCUUCCAGUAAUUUUAUCUGCACAAAAACACUCUGUCAUGCUGUAUUUGCUAUCACAUUAGUUACAUUUUUUACCAUAACUGGUUUGUUGCGCAAAUACCUCUUACUGCACUGUGGUGUUCUUGUGGUUGGCUAAUGAACCGGAAGUCUCGCACAUUCACAGGAACUAGCUUCAUUCAGCGUUGAACAGUAGUCUGUCCUUGUUGUUUCAUGAUCUCAGGAUCAGAUUAAUGUCACUAUAUAACAGCAGGACAAAGAGACAGAGAGAGUCAAGCGGAGCUGGAGACAUUUGAUCGCUUCUGUGAGGUUCAUUCAGACGUUGUGUGAUGUGUAAGGGGCUGUCUGCCAUCCCCUCCUCAUACCUGGAGAAGGCGAAGGGCAUGAGGGUCAAACUGUCCCACCUGGCCGAAAAGCAGGAUUGGGUUUACAAACACAGAGCGAGUGAGGAAAAGCCGCCACAGGACUUGGAGUCUCUGCUCAACAGCAAGCCGGGCGUUCAGGCGUUCCGCUGCUUCCUGCGCUCGGAGUUCAGCGAGGAGAACCUGGAGUUCUGGCUGGCGUGUGAAGAGUACAAGAGCACAUCCGGGUCCAGACUGGCGGCGAGAGCCCACAACAUCUACAAGCAGUUCAUCAACCCUGAUGCUCCUCGUGAGGUGAAUCUGGACGGUGAGACGCGUGAGGCGUUGACGGGGCUGAUGGAGGAUCCCACAGCGCAAACGUUCGAUGAGGCUCAGCAACGGAUCUUCUCUCUGAUGGCUGAAGACUCAUUCCCACGUUUCCUGCGCUCGUCUUUCAGUCAGCAGCCUCUUAAAGUCCUGUGAAGCACACUGUGCUGUUAAACCCAGUGUAUCUGAGGUCUAGACUAGAUCCAUUAGUUACCCUGCUAUCUGUAGAGAUGCAUGAGCCACAGUCAGGUAGGACAUAGAUUCUAUAGUCAUUUUGAAACAUCUGUAAUUGCUCACUGUGCCUUUAUAUCUUUAAACCGGAUGAUUUAAUAAAGUUACUUGGGUCAAAAUGGGAGUGUUUUGCUGUCAAUCAAUCACACACUGAGAGCCAAUCAGAGAUCUGGAAGCUCAAGGUCGCCAGACAAUCGAGGCUGAACAAAGAAAUAUAGCAGGCGGAGAAUCACAGCCAAUCACAGAACGAGCAGCACGUCCUUGACGACAGGAAAACCUUCAGGGAUUUUACCCCCGCAGUCUAAUAAAAUGAGUGCGGCUGCUUAACAGUGGAAAAAGUUGCUCUGGUUUACAAGAUAAACCCAAAAAGGGGAGAAAGGGGCUAUAA